CAAGCUACUCGGACUACAAACGGAAACCAGAACCGACACAAAAUACUGUCCCUUGCCUACAGACUCUGCUUUCAGGUGUCUGUUUAUAGAUAUUAGAAUACGAAAGAAGAUGAAUAAUUGUUUGCUGGUGCUGGCUACCCAGUUUGUGUUGUGAGAAGUUUGAGAACCCAACAUUUGCACAAAUGCAGGAUCAUACUUAUUAUUUAGCAGAAGAAAAGGCGAGGGAGCGUGAACCCUCGCCGUCAAAGAAGCGAAAACGUGAAGAAGUAAAACGAAGUCGGGAUCGACGACGGCAGAAAACAAGGAUAAGCAUUGGUGUGGCCUUUCCCAAAUGGAAAUCGCUGAUGAGGAACAAAGGUUUUCAGAGUGACGCCGAAGUUGCCUGUUUUCUGCUGGACAGCUAUGAGAGAGGUCACGCAACAUCGACUCCCAUGAAGGGAAAACCUUUUCGAGUCACAGCUCCAGCAGUGGCUAGCGUUGGUGCUUCGAGUGGGACGGACAGAGAUAAGCAUCUGAAUGUCAUUGCAGAAGCCACAGAAAGUCAGGGCCUUGACCAAAGCUUGAGCAUGUUUGAGGAGGACAAUGUUUUCAGUGACCCCUUGAACAGUGUAAUUGAUUGGGUAGAAGGUUCCCCUUACUUUCAUCAACAAGAUGGUGGAGAGAAGGACGAUUGCUCUGAUGAAGAGUAUCUUCCACCAAUUUGUAUACGAAUGGGUGGAGCAUUAAAGACAGCACCAUCAAUUGAUCGACUUCCAGUUAUUGGAAUCGACGAGACUGUGCAUGACCAGCCUGCACACGAAGACCCUCCCGAUGAGCCUUCUCCCUGUGAUCAGGCCCCUGUUUUCCCAGGCCCACAGCAUGUCCUUUGUGAAGAUGACAUCAUAGGUGCCAGAGCUUCAAUAGUAUACGAGGACUGCUUGAGACAACUGGCUACAUUUCUGAUCCUGCCUGUGAAUAAAUGUACAGGCCUUUUGAUUGAGACUGGUGGAGUGUGCGACUGCGUCUCCCCCUUUGAGAUCAACAUCACUUCCAAGGGCACAGCAACGAGUGUCGAAUGGGUCUGUCCCAAUGGACACAGCGUGUGGAGGUGGAAUUCCCAGCCUGUAAUGAAGUUUGGGAUGCAAGCUGGAGAUUUUCUCUUGUCCACCAACAUUUUGUUGUCUGGCAGCAACUAUGCAAAGGUUGCCCUCUUGUUCAAAUUUAUGAACAUGGGGAUGGUGAACAAGAACACCUUCUUCUCCAUUCAGGACACUUUCUGUGUUGACACAGUAAAGGACUUCUGGGAAGAGAGAAGGUCUGAGGCCCUCAGUCGCCUUCAAGGGAAAGAUGUUGUGGUCUUAGCGGAUGGCAGAAAUGACUCGCCGGGCCAUUGUGCACAGUACUGCAGCUACACCACCAUGGAGAAUGACACCAAGGAGAUAAUUCAUGUUGUCACCAUAGACAAGCGGCACACAUCCUGGAACUCUGCUGUCAUGGAGAAGGAGGGUUUUAUCGAGACUGUGGACAAGCUUACAUCAGAGAUCAAGCUAGCGGAGAUCUGCACAGAUGCUCAUGCCCAGAUCGGAGCGCUUAUGAACCCUGACGAAGGCAGAUACAAGGCCCUUGGAAUUCAUCACAGUUUGGACAUGUGGCAUGGUGCCAAAAACCUGGCCAAAAAAAUAGCUGCUGCAGCAAAGAUAAGAGGACAGUCCAUUCUCCUCAUCUGGCUGAAAGACAUCGUAAACCAUUUUUGGUGGUGUUGUAAGACAGCUCACACAUCCGAGCAGUUUCUUGCGCUAUGGGUUGGCAUCCUUCACCAUGUCUGUGACAUUCACACCUGGACUAUGGGAAGAUGCCAACAUGGGCACCUGGAAGAGACACGUGGAAAGGAGUGGAUCCAGAGAGACUCCAAGUGCCACCAAGCUUUAGUAGACAUCGUUCUCAAUAAGCGUUGGCUGAAGGAUGUACAUAAAUAUCUGCGCUUCAGAUCAACUGCAGAUCUAGAGGUAUUCCAGAAUCAUAUUCUGAUGUAUGCCAGCAAGUGCUACGCUUUCAGUCCCCCAGUUUAUGAAGCAAGAGUUCUGCUUGCUGCUCUGGACUAUAAUUUCCACCGGAACCGACCAACAAUGAAAACAGCGGAAGGCAAAGAGAUUUUCAGAAGGCUGUACAAGAAAAACGGCAGAAGAUACAGCGUAUACGCCCUGAAAUCUGAAAAAACCUACGGAUACAUCUCUGAGUUGCAGGCAAGGAUUGUAAAGAGGAGCAUCACAAGUGGAGUGGGGAUGCCUAGAAGGAGGACCCUUCGACCAGAUGACCCCAGAGAGUUUGGUUUGGUGCCCUCCAUACCUGCACCAGGUCUAGUGUUCCCUGCAGAUGUCCAGCAGGUGUUGGUCAUUAAAGAAGAGGUUCCCUCUGAAUGGAGCCCCAGACUGGACCAGGAGGACUCAGAGCCCCUACACAUAAAACAGGAGCAGGAGGAACUCUGGACCAGUCAAGAGGGAGAGCAGUUUAAUGGGCUGGAGGAGGCUGAUAUCACCAGGUUCCCAUUCACUGCUGUUCCUGUGAAGAGUGAAGAUGAUGAAGAGAAACCUCAGUCUUCACAGCUUCAUCGAAGCCAAACUGAGGACAACAGAGAGGCAGAGCCUCCAACCAGCAGCUCAGCUAUGCAAAUAAAAACAGAAACUGAUGGAGAGCAUUGUGCAGGAUCGAAAGCAGCCAGGAACCUAGAUCCAGAUAUUAAUUUACAACCAAAUACUGAUGAAAAGGCUUCAGACUCUUCUGAGACUGAAGUCAGUAAUGAUGACUGGCAAGAACCUUUGUCAGAUUCUGGACCUGAAACGGAAGUCAUUGACAAUGAUUGGAAGGAGACCAGGGCACCCGAGUCAGGUGUAAAUGCUCUGGAAUAUAAGGAAGCCCCUGUAAGUGAUGUGGGAUGUAAUACUGGAAAAAAAUCCUUCAGCUGCUUAAAGUGUGGUAAAGGAUUUCAUUACAAGGGGUCUCUUCAGAGACACAUGAUAUGUCAUUUAGGAAAAAGGUCCUCCAGUCGUUUGGUUAAUAAGAAAUGUUUUAGAGUGAAGCAAAAGGUAGAUUCACAGAUGAGAGUCCACACAGGACCGAAACCAUUUCGCUGUGGUGUUUGUGGGAAAAGAUUUACAGAACCGGGAAAGCUGAAGACACAUAUGAGAGUCCACACAGGAGAGAAACCAUUUGGCUGUGAUGUUUGUGGUAAAAGAUUUAACCAGAACACAAAUCUUAAGACACACAUGAGAGUCCACACAGCAGAAAAACCAUUUGGCUGUGAUGUUUGUGGUAAAAGAUUUAACCAGAAGAAAAAUGUGAAGACACACAUGCAAGUCCACACAGGAGAAAAACCAUUUCACUGUGGUGUUUGUGGUAAAAGAUUUAACCAGCAGACACAUCUUAAAAUACACAUGAGAGUCCACACAGGAGAGAAACCAUUUGGUUGUGAUGUUUGUGGUAAAAGAUUUAACCAGCAGCCACAUCUGAAGACACACAUGAAAGUCCACUCAGGAUAGAAACUGUUCAGUUGCAGGGUUUGUUGUGAAAGAUUAAUUACGUAAGUGUGUUGGUAAGAACCACAGCAGUUUUCAUUGUCUUUUGUUGUGUUUACUUUAAAAUAUGUUAAAAAAACCUUCCUUGGUUGCUUACUUUACCACAAAUAUCUAUAUAUUCUGUCUAUAAAGGUUCUUCCUCAUCCAGGUUGUAGGGUUCCUAAAAGGACUAAGUCAAAGGCAGCUGGACUUUGUUUUAUUCCUAAAGACAUUUCUCCACUCAUGUAAAAGGCCUCUUCUGUUCUCCUGACUGGUGGGAGGUCCCAGGAAUCAGCCACAAAUGGAGCAUGAGAACUGGUUACCUGACUCACGUCGGCAGCCAUUCAUUAAUAAAGUUGCUCACUGGGUGCAUUUUUUCAUUGUCA